AGAGCGACUACUUCCAGUGAGUAGACGACUUGGGUAGUGUCUUAAGUGUUGUCAGCGAAUUCAACACAUUAAGACAAUUCACCAGCAUGCGGAAUCUACUUCUUCAGUUCCUGCUGAUAAGCAUUUCAGUACAAUCUUACUAUAGCUUACUACCACCACCCUUUAAAGAUUCAAAACUUCGAAAGAAAAAAAUUGCAAGUAAUUUUAAGCUAACUAAGGAGGAUGUAGAAGACGCCAUCAACUUCACAUUGAGAUAUGUGAAAAAACUAGAAGGUUUUGAACAGUCUAUAUCAUGGCCAAGUCGUAUAGAACCUGGAACGCCAGUACACGGUUUAUUUUUGUCGCAAGCGCCGGACUUAAAAGCUAUAGAAAGAGGCAGACAGGCUCUGGUAGCUACUAAAGCUUCUGCACAACUCGCUUACACCUGCUGUCACGAGUCGGGUAUGACUCUGGAAACUUGUAGUAAUUCUUUGAUUCAAUCAAACUUCCUACAAUCAUCUUUGAACGAAUCUUGCAGCUAUCUGAUAAGGAAGUGUAUUGUAGAGGAGGCUAGUAAUAAAUAUAGAUCAAUGAAUGGAACGUGUAAUCAUGUCACAAAAGCGAGUAUUGGAGAAGCAUUUAGCGCAUACGAAAGGUUAUUGGAUGCAGAUUAUUUGAAUUUUUUCGACGUUCCAAAAAGAUCUGUUACAAAAAUGCCUCUACCAAGCGGUAGAAAAAUUAGUACAGAUGUAGUAAUUGUUGAAAAAGAUCCUCUCACGUCACUCACCGUAGCCUUUACUGUGUUUGGACAGUUUAUUGAACAUGAUUUAAGUCAGUUUGCAUCUUCCGUUAUGAUGAAUUUCAACAAUUCAUUUAGUUGUUGUGAUGUCACCGGCUUUGAUAUGGCACCAAGGUACAGGCAUCCUUUUUGUAUGUCAGUUUCUGUGCCAGAUGAUGACAUUUUUUAUUCCAAAAGAAGAGUAGAGUGUAUUAGUUACACUAGAUCAUUUCCUGCGAUGAGAUCUGAUUGUUCAAUGGGAUAUUUGGAACAGCAAAAUCAAGCUACACAUUAUUUAGAUGGAUCCCAAAUAUAUGGAAAUUAUUUAGAAAAAUCUAUGCAACUUCGUUCGAAACAAAAAGGAAAAUUAAACACAAACGAUAAUAACUUAUUACCAUUUGCCGAUGAACCCAAACAGAAAUGCCAAGUACAUUCAGAAACUGAUACUUGUUUCGUUUCUGGUGAUCCACGUGUUAACAUGCAUCCUCAAUUAAGUAUUAUGUAUACGAUAUGGGUGAGAGAACAUAACAGAAUAGCUGAAGCGUUGUCAAAAAUUAAUCCGGAUUGGGACGACGAGCUGCUCUUUCAAGAAUCUAGAAGAAUCGUUAUUGCUGAAAUGCAACAUAUUACCUAUCAAGAAUGGUUGAAGAAUUUAUUGGAUGAAAAAUAUAUUCAUUCCAUUGAGAAAAAUCCAGAGUAUUCGGAAGAUAUAAAUCCAUCCGUUUCCAACGAGUUCGCUACAAGUGCAAUAAGAUUUCUGCAAGCAAUGUUUUCAGGAAACAUAAGUGUUGUGAAUAGAGAGAGAGUACUACUUUCUAUUCUGAAACUGUCCGAUCAUUUUAAUAAACCCGGUGUUAUAACACAGGAAAAUAUGUUUGAUUACAUUCUGAGAGGUAUGGCUACUGGUCUUGCUCAUAAAGUUGGAGUUAAUCAUGCUAAAGAUUAUAUUAAUGAGUUCUUGACUGACGAGAAUUAUGGUUACGAUUUAUUAAGUAUAGAUAUCCAAAGAGGACGAGAUCACGGACUGCCAAGUUAUACAUUCUACAGACAACAUUGCGGACUACCUAAAGCCACUCUAUUUAAAGACUUUUUAGAUGUUAUGUCAAAUGAGACUGUUCAAGCUAUAUCGAAAGUAUAUUCCCACGUAGAUGACGUUGAUCUAUUGAUUGGUGGUCUCUUAGAACAGCCAGUAAAAAAUUCUCAGCUUGGUCCAACGUUUUCAUGUAUAAUUGGAGAUCAAUUUUAUCGAACGAGACGUGGAGACCGUUACUUUUAUACUAGUACUAAUCAACCUACUCCGUUUAGUGAGUCACAAGCUGCUGAAAUAGAGAAAGUCAGCCUUGCAAGAAUUUUUUGCGAUAACUCCAAUAUAGAUAAGAUACAACGUAAAGUAUUUGAACAAGUUAGUCCAAGCAAUCCAUUAACGAGCUGUACUUGUGAUCGUAUACUAGAAAUAGAUCUGAAUCUAUGGAAAGAUACAACAGGAAAUAACUCGACAAGUUAAGUUUUAAAUCAGCUUUGGGCAAUUUUAAUGCAAGACUGAUGUGCAACUUAACGAUUCCGUUUACUUAAAUCCUUUUUAUAUAUACUGGUUUACAUAAUAUUAUACCAUUAUUAUUUAGACACAUUUUGAAAUUUUGUAAUUGCUUGAAUAAAAAUAAAAAUGACAA